AUGUUUGGCAUCCGUUCUCCGUACCACCAGCCCAAUCCCUCGUUCGUCACUGACUUGCCGACCAAUGCAGCAUCCCGGCACCAGCAACGCGUCUCCACCACGGGCUGCGUAACCGUUGCCGAUGACACUGCGCGCCGUCCUACCGGAAACCCUCCAGCUGUUCACUUGACCUCUCGGCCCCGACCCCAUACAGAAGGGAUGAGCUGUUUCUCCACGCCCUCCAGGCUUCGUCUUUCCCUCGUGCCAGAUCGCUUAGUCUCCCCAGAGGCAAACGAAAUCCAAGAAGAACAAGUUAAUGGCCCUGACCGGUUCCCUGGCGAUCCUUCAGGGUCUCGAUGGGCGAGCACGGUCAUCAGAUCGACCUGUAUCAAUGCUCCCUCGUCUUUCGUUGGCUUCCAGUCCUAUCUGCCGUCCAUGGUACCUGCGGCCGACCCGCGGGUCGCAUAUCCGGUCGACACUAUUAAGAGAACCGGACCCAAGCUCCCUGACCUUUUACCCGUCAUGGCGAGCUCCAGAACCUUCAUCUCGAUGCCUUAUCAGCCUUUUGACUGUGACGUAAAGCUGCCAUCCCUACCAUACCAGUCAGGGAGAAUCGACAACGACAUUAGAGCCCAUCCUCGUCCAACAGUCACACACGUAGUCCGUCAUCUGGACUCUGGAAAGUUCGAUGCUGUCUGGAAACCACUGUGUCGAGUGUCUCUAGUCCUGCCUCCCCGCAUUCCGCCCCCAACGUGGUCUCAAUUCUGGGCCAAGUCCAUGCCUCCAAAAUCGAAAGAGACCGUUCCAUUUCCGCCGCGCUUCACCGAGGCAGCUCAUGAUACGACGAAACGACCCAAGGAAGGUUCGCUGUGA